CGUGUAUAAUCGGCCUUUGGAUCAUCUAAUGACAUUUAAUAGGCCUUACGUGCAUAUCUACAGUUCAGUUCGUCAGUCGGCAGUGUGUUAGCGUGAUAGUAAACAUGUUCGAGCUCAGAGAUAGAGUAUUUUUCGUGACUGGCGCGGCCGCGGGAAUAGGUGCGGGGAUGGUGAAGGCAUUCUUGGAUGAAGGGGCUAAGCAUGUAGCAGCACUAGAUGUAGACAUUGCAAACGGAAAAGCCUUAGAAGACGAGCUGAACACUAAGUACGGAGACAACAAAGUGAGGUUCCACAAAUGUGACGUCACAACCAAUGAGCUGGAUGCGGUAUACGACAAUGUGGUGAACGACUUCGGAUACAUCGAUGUGGUGAUCAACUGCGCUGGCAUCAUGAACGAUAGACCUAAUGUGUAUCUUAAAGAGAUUGAUAUUAAUGUGACUGCCCUAAUAAAGAGUUCCUUCAAGGCUUUCGAUCUGAUGCGCAAAGACCAAGGCGGAAGAGGUGGCACUAUAAUAAACAUUUCUUCAAUUGUUGGGCUGUUCCAAGCUCAUCUGUUGCCAGUGUAUACUGCUACCAAGAGCGCAGUGCUGCAGUUCAGCAAUUGUCUUGGUAUGGAGCCACAUUCGACUCGUUCAGGAGUAAGAGUACUGACGCUAUGUUUCGGAUGCACAGACACCAGUUUAUUCAGUGCUAACAAAAUGGGAGCCUUUGACAAAGAGACUGAUGAACUACUGUUCGGUAGUUUAGGAAAAUUGCCUAUACAAACGCAAGUAUUCAAAUUCAGAAUCCAAUCAGCAGUGGAUGGACUAAUCCACGCAUACAAGAACGGCGCAAGCGCAAGUACUUGGCUGGUCACGUCAGACAGACCUGCUGAAGAUAUCACUGGAAACGUCUCUAAAGCAUACGAAAUAAUGAGUCAGGGAGUAUUUAGUUAGAUAAAGAUGUACGGAACUUAGAUAUAGGAAAUAGGUAAAAUAAAUAUGUUAGUAAAGAGAGGUGAGAAAAGACAGCAGAAAAAUUACAGCUACGUCUGGCAACCCAGCCAGCUCAGCCUGUGUCUCCUGCAUCUUAUCGCAAGAAGUACCAGACUACCAAAAUAGCCAGGCCUUAAUGAACAUCCAAAUGACUGUCUGAAAUAGUUAGGAAGCAUUCCUACUAAGUUUUAAAAAUGAAAAAAUGUGUACUUAAGUAUGUAUUUUAAGUACAAUAGUUUACCACUACCUUUGUAUAGUGCUAUAGUAUUAUAUAUAUUUUUUUGUAAUCAACCAAAUAAAGUAUUCGUUUACGGAAUGAA